CUCACCAUGACCAAGUCGUACAGCGAGAGCGGGCUGAUGGGCGAGCCCCAGCCCCAGGGUCCCCCGAGCUGGACGGACGAGUGCCUCAGCUCGCAGGACGAGGAGCACGAGGUGGACAAGAAGGAGGAGGACCUGGAGGGUCUGCACGCCGAGGAGGACUCGCUGCGGAACGGCGAGGAGGAGGACGAGGAGGACGACUUGGACGAAGAGGAGGAAGAAGAGGAGGAGGAGGAGGAGGACGACCAGAAGCCCAAGAGGCGGGGCCCCAAGAAGAAGAAGAUGACCAAGGCGCGCAUGGAGCGGUUCAAGCUGCGGCGCAUGAAGGCCAACGCCCGGGAGCGCAACCGCAUGCACGGCCUGAACGCGGCCCUGGACAACCUGCGGAAGGUGGUGCCCUGCUACUCCAAGACGCAGAAGCUCUCCAAGAUCGAGACCCUGCGCCUGGCCAAGAACUACAUCUGGGCGCUCUCCGAGAUCCUGCGCUCGGGCAAGAGCCCCGACCUGGUCUCCUUCGUGCAGACCCUCUGCAAGGGCCUGUCGCAGCCCACCACCAACCUGGUGGCCGGCUGCCUGCAGCUCAACCCGCGGACUUUCCUCCCCGAGCAGAGCCAGGAGGUGCCGCCCCACGUGGCGGCGGCGGCGGGCGCGCCCUUCCCGGCCCACCCGUACCCCUACCAGUCGCCGGGUCUGCCCAGCCCGCCCUACGGCACCAUGGACAGCUCCCACCUCUUCCACCUCAAGCCGCCGCACGCCUACGGCGCCGCGCUCGAGCCCUUCUUCGAGAGCGGCCUGGCGGAGGGCGCCAGCCCCGCCUUCGACGGGCCGCUCAGCCCGCCCCUCAGCGUCAACGGCAACUUCUCCUUCAAGCACGAGCCGGCCGCCGACUUCGACAAGAGCUACGCCUUCACCAUGCACUACCCCGCCGCCGCCGCCGCCGCCGCCGCCGCCGCCGCGCUGGCCGCCGCGCCCGCCCACGCCGCCAUCUUCCCGGCCGCCGCCGCCGCCGCCUCCCGCUGCGAGAUCCCGGUCGACGGCCUGGCGCCCUACGAGGGCCACCCCCACCACGAGCGGGUCCUCAGCGCCCAGCUCAACGCCAUCUUCCACGACUGA